ACCGCAGCGAGUCCCCGGCUUUCUCUGACAUCCUGCAGCUCUCUACAGACUUGAAUCGCGUGUCUGCAGGCACCACGGAAGGGCUCCCGGUCUGAGGGCUCAGGGUCCUGGGAGAAUGUGAAGUGGAGCAUGUCCCUUGAUUCACUUCUGUUAGAUACCGGGUGUUGGGAGUACUUCCCAGCAUCCCUGAAGAAACUCCUGCUGCUCUUCUACAUAUUUUUUCCUGGAAAAGAGAACUCUGUGUUCCACUGGCAGAAAAGAGCCUCACUGGUGAAGUAAGGAGGUUUUUCCUGCCAGCCUCAUGUCGGUACUGCCCAGGAUUCAUCUCAACAUCACCUGCCCUGGAUUUUCAUGCAAAAGAAGGAAGAACACCUUCCCCAGAUCCUCUUCUUGGGAAAAGGAGAAAGGAACUCACCUUUCUCUAACCAAAGGAGCCGAGUUGCCCUGAAGAUCAUGAACUUGUCUUCCGGGCACUGCAACAUAUCGGAUUGGCUAAGGCUGGAAGCCACAGUGAAGGCGUCUGUGUAUGUGGUUUCUUUCUCCUUUGCCACCUUCAUCACGGUCGUCAUUAUUGCCACAGUGUCACAGAAUUUGAAACUGAGGAAGGAGGUCCGAUACAUCCUCCUUUGCCACCAUCUGCUGUGCAUCUCCUCCUAUUGUGGUCUGGGGGUGGUUUUCCAAGGGAUGCGGGCGCUGCUGGCCAACAGCCCCGUGCUGAUGUGCUGGGUGGUGUUUGGAGCCCAGCUAAGUGUCGGAGAAGGAAUCCUCUUCACUCUGGCCUUGAUGGCUGUCAACACUUACCUGGCCAUUUGCUGGCCGUUGAAAUACCUGUCCUUUGUACAUUCAGUUAGGUAUAGGAUUCUGGCUGGGACUUGGAUGAUCAUUAUACUCAAGAAUGUUUGCUUAUUCCUCAUAGAGAGCACUAACUCCACUCAGACUGCUGUUUUUAAAUCUGAACCCCUUUGCCCAGUGAUCUUGAAUGGCGUUCCUGCCAGAGCCAUUGGCAUGGUUUUCCUUUUCCUUCCCCUGUCUGUCAUUCUUAUAAGUUACUCUCUGAUAUACCGAGAAGGGAAGCGGGCUGGCCAUUUUAACAGGUCAAAUAUCAAAGCGAGGAGAACAGUCCUUAUUCAUUUAGUGCAGCUGAGCAUACACGUGAUCCCAACCCUGUUAUUCAUAGGCUUGGGGAAGAUGUGCGGGGUGUUUUUCUUUGCUUUAAAUCUGGUGCUUUUUGGAGUCUUUGCAUUUGCCCAGUGUUUUAACCCUCUGAUCUAUGGGCUCUGGAACAGAGAGCUGCAAAGCCGAUUAUACCGUUGGAUGUGCUGUCUGUUGUGGUGUGGUCACUCGAUGAACAGGAGAGGGCCAGUUUAAACAAAAACGCAGCUGUUUUGAAUCAAUACCUCUAGUACUGAGGGACCAUCAGCUAGGGCUGAGGACUUGCCUUUUACUUAACCUAAAAUUGAUUUUGAAAGUAAUAUGAGUAAUCAAAGUUCUUCAUCCAGCUAACAAACUUCACCACUGCAUAUGCUGAAUUGGCCUCAGUGAAAUCAUUUUAUGUGCUUAUAUCUAAACCCAGGUCAACAUUUUUGGCAGCAUGCCUUACUGUGUUUCAGUCGUUGGGCAUCUUUUGAGAAUGCACUUGUUUUUAGAAACUGAGAAAUAGUCCAUGGUUGAUAGGGGCAGAAGUUUGGCAAUUCCCCUUACAUUAAUGAAGGGUAGGUUUGGCUACAUAUAAUAACAAAACAGCAAUAAAAUAACAGUGACUUUAAAAAGUUAGAGAUUGAUUUUUUUUCUUAUGCAGAAGAAAUCUGGAGGUACAAAAUCUGGGCCUAUGUGGCAGCUCUGCAGGCAACAGGCUCAUUCUCUUCUACUCUGCCAUGAUUAGUGUACUACCUCAUGACCCAAGAUGGCUGUUGGUGCUCCUGUCAUCACAUUCACACUCCAGCCAACAGGAAGGAGGAAGGGGCAAAGAGGCCUCUGCACCCUCCUUCUAAAGACAC